CAGGAACCACUAGGUGGCGAGAACAAAGGCGACGUGAGGCCGCGUCUGAGUUUGUGCGCCGGAGCUGGGCCCGACUGUCUGGCCCACUCCCCUGUGAUGGUGCGCUAGGGUUCCAGGGCGCCAUGGCCUGGCCCCGUGUACGGUUGGUGGUCACCGCAGAUGACUUUGGUUACUGCCCGCGGCGUGAUGAAGGCAUCGUGGAGGCCUUCCUGGCAGGGACCGUGACCAGCGUGUCCCUCCUGGUGAAUGGCGCGACCGCGGAGAGUGCGGCAGAACUAGCUCGCAGGCACAGCAUCCCCACCGGUCUCCACGCCAACCUUUCCGAGGGUCGUCCCGUGGGCCCUGCCGGUCAUGGCACCUCGUCGUUGCUCAGUCCUGAAGGCUUCUUUCUCGGCAAGAUGGGGUUCCGGGAGGCGGUGGCGGCAGGACAAGUGGCGCUGUCUCAGGUGCGGGAGGAGCUGGAGGCUCAACUAAGUCGCUUCAGGGAGUUGCUUGGCAGACCCCCCACGCACGUGGACGGGCAUCAGCACGUGCACGUGCUCCCAGGUGUGUGCCAAGUGUUCGCUGAGGUGCUGCAGGCAUGUGGGGUGCGCUUCACUCGACUGCCGCUGGAAGGCGGGAUAGGCCGUUGCGCGUGGCUGGAAGCCCCCGCGCGUGCUUUCGCCUGUACUGUGGAGUGUGAUGCUCGGGCCGCCAUGGACCACUUCUCUCGUCAUGGCUUGCGGUGGACAGAUGCCUUCGUGGGUUUGAGCACCUGUGGGCGGUACAUGACUGCUCACCGUGUGUUGGGGGCCGUAGCACGGGCCCUGGAAGAUAACCCCACAGGCCAUACCUUGUCAGUUGAGCUGAUGACACACCCAGGUUACCCCAGUGUGCCCCCAGCCGGCGGCUGUGGUGAGGGUCCUGAUGCUUUCUCUUGCUCUUGGGAGAGAUUGCAUGAACUUUGUGUCCUCACAGCACCUACCCUGCGGGCAAGGCUGGCCCAGGACGGGGUGCAACUCUGUGCCCUUGAGGACCUGGAGUCCAAGAGGCCAGAAGAAGGAGUCUCUUGAGAGCCCACUCUGGAAUCUUUCCUGGACCUUUCUCUACCCUAAGCACUAAUGCUUCUUAAUGUGGAGGAAAGGGAAAGAUGAUGGUCAGGUGCAGUCUAGAACCAGGCCUUGGAGUAAGGUCCAUGACUUCCCAGUGUGAUAUACUGCCAGCUCUGUGGCCAAGUUUUCAUGGCUCAGUGUGGCAACCAUAGUUUGCAUGUAGGCAGACCCAGCCUUGUGACAUCAAGGUCUAGGGCCUGCAAAGUGUUGGGUAUCAAUUCUUGUUGCAAUGUGAACACCUAAUUGUUCCAUGACAGUGGGCAGAGAUUGUUGUGUAAAUAAAAGAGUAUAAGCCUUGCA